UCCUGGGUACACAUAGCUCCGCUGUGAUGCAGUGAGCCUGUUGUGUUGAGCGGAGAACAGCGGAAAGUACUCGGCGGGGGAAAAGGGGGUCUGCCGCUGAUGGGUGGGCUUUCAGCGACUUUCUACAAUGUUGAGUUGAAAGCGCUCACAGAACCAUGAACCAACUUCGCCGCUCGCCUCGAAGCGAAGUCAGACACGUUUGAGACCCGACGACGAGCUGUGAGAGGGCGAGCAUGAAGCUCUCUGUGGCCGGCUGGACUGGGAAAUGGUAGCGCGCUGCAGGGACCACCGCACUGGGAAGGAUCAUGGUCGAGAGGAGCAGCAAAUUCUUGUUGAUCGUCGUCGGAUCUGUGUGUUUUAUGCUGAUUCUCUAUCAGUACGUGGCCCCCGGGGUGAUCAAUUUCGGCUCCCCGCACGGUUACUUCGCGGAGGACGACGAGGGGGACAUCUUCCCCACUCCGGACCCCCACUACGUUAAGAAAUACUACUUCCCGGUCAGGGACCUGGAGAGGACGGUUGAUUUCCAGAUCAAGGGGGAGGACGUGAUCGUGUUUCUGCACAUCCAGAAGACAGGAGGGACCACCUUCGGUCGGCACCUGGUCCAGAAUGUCCGCCUGGAGGUUCCCUGCGACUGCAGACCGGGUCAGAAGAAGUGUACCUGCUACCGACCGAACCGCAAGGAGACCUGGCUCUUCUCCCGGUUCUCCACCGGCUGGAGCUGCGGCUUGCACGCCGACUGGACCGAGCUCACCAACUGCGUGCCGGGGGUCCUCAACAAGAAGGAGAACAAGCAGAAGAACCAGAGGAAGUUCUACUACAUCACUCUGCUGAGGGACCCCGUUUCCCGCUACCUCAGCGAGUGGAGGCAUGUGCAGCGGGGAGCCACAUGGAAAACAUCCCUGCACAUGUGCGACGGUCGAACCCCGACGCCGGAGGAGCUCCCUUCCUGCUACGAAGGCUCCGACUGGUCGGGCUGCACUCUGCAGCAGUUCAUGGACUGCCCAUACAAUCUGGCCAACAACAGACAGGUCCGUAUGUUGGCCGACCUGAGCCUGGUCGGCUGCUACAACAUGUCAACGGUUCCAGAGAAGAAGAGGGCCCAGCUGCUGCUGGAGUCGGCAAAGAAGAACCUGCGGGACAUGGCCUUCUUCGGGCUCACAGAGUACCAGAGAAAAACCCAGUUCCUCUUCGAACGAACCUUCAGGUUACGCUUCAUCAGGCCUUUCAUGCAGUACAACAGCACCCGGGCUGCAGGAGUGGACCUGGACAACGCUACGGUGCAGCGUAUCGAGGAGCUGAACGAGCUGGACAUGGAGCUCUAUGACUACGCCAAGGACCUGUUCCAGCAGCGCUACCAGUACACCCGCCAGCAGGAGCGGCGGCAGCAGCGCAUCAAGAACCACAUACAGCAGAGCCACCAGGGCCUCGGCCUGAGCGUCGGUCUGUGGCCCUCCCGCGGGCAGGCCAGCUCACAAUCAACACUGGAGGACGGGGACAUAGAGAGGGAAGAGCGGGAGGAAGGCGAGGAAGGGGGCAGAACGGAGGAGGCGGGCGCCAGGCUCCCCACCGAGGACUACAUGAACCAGAUCAUCAACCGCUGGUAGCAACAGAACCCGAGCAAACGAAAGAAACGCGUAUGUAAAGUCAUACUCACACACACUAAUCUGCGGAAAGCGGCGCCUUCUUCAAAAGACCCAAACAAAAAAAGCUGACGACCUGGGACCAGGGCCGCGAAGGAUCGCAGUCUUUGGGGGGAGGUUGCUAUAGCAACCGGAGGCUGGUCGCUGCAUUGACUCUCAUUAUUGAGGUUUGCCCAGUUGUUAUUGCCGCCUGCCUGCCCUUUUUGCCUACCCUGCUACAUCUUCUUGUUUCUUUGAAU